AUGCCUCUCCCAAGGAUAGCCUUCUUCCACGGCGGCGGCUCCAACAGCUCAAUCUCCGCCAUUCAGUGUGCCCAAGUAUCCGGCAUCCUCUCCGAAGAAUUCGAAUUCGUCUUCUUCGAUGCGCCCUUCCAGCGGGGCGCGGGACCGGGAAUUCUGCCCGCUUUUGCGGAGCCCAUGUAUCAGCCCUAUCGUACCUGGUUCACCCUUUCCACUGUUAAUGGUAUAGGGGUGGAAGUCAGUGAUGGGGGAGGCUUCGAGGAUGGCGAGAAUGGGGAGGAUGGGGUUGAGAGGGUAUGGGAGUUGAUGAGAAAGGCAGGAGGUGGGUUUGUGGGGGUUAUGGGGUUCAGUCAGGGGACGAGGAUUGCGGGGGGUUUGUUGUUGGAUCAACAAAAGAGGCAAGAGGAGGGGUUCAAGAAGGCGGGGAUGGGCUUGAAGUUUGGGGUUAUGUGUAUGGGCGGUGGUGCUCCAAUGGUUUCUGCGAUUUCACGUGGUUUGUACACCGUUCAUUCUGAAGCCUACCUCACUCAUGUGGGGGUUCCGGUUCAUGAUCCUCUUGAAGUCUCAUAAAACUAAUCAUGGUUGCAGAUGGCUCUGAAAAACUCGACUUAAUAAAGAUACCCACUCUUCAUCUCCAUGGUCUCAAAGAUGGAAAUCUAACCAACGGCCGCACAAUGUUAGCUGCCCACUACGCCAAAGACAACGCAAAAUUGCUUGAAAUUGACUAUCAUCAUGCAAUGCCCUGGAUCAAAAAGGAUGUCAAUGCAUUCGUGAGCCAGAUCAGGGAAUUAUGGGCUUCUGUCAAGGAUGAGUAAGAGAUGAUGCAUUUUGAGCGUAAAUGAGAAUGUUCUUUGUUAGAUAUAGAACCCUUGAUGUAUAAACUGCUCAAGAAUAUUCCUAGCGGUUGUACUUAGGGAAGGCUCGAGGAUUAUGCGGAAGUUUGACGAGGCGAAAACUAUAGAUGAGGGAACGUGUAUGCAGUCACCGAUUGGUACAGAUUUACGAGGUUGAAGAUAUACCGUUAGACGAUACGCGAGGCUGGAAGUGGAAUUAUAUAGAACACAAGAGAUAUAUACCUUUACAUGCCAAUCGAGGAAAUUUCC